UUUUGGAGUUUGCAGGGGACAGUGUCCUUAUGAACAGGAUUUUGUGAUGGUGCCCUUUCGCAUGCAGUCUACAAGGGCUUGAAGAUACAUGGGGGCUGGAAAUGUCUGAGUCCCAGCUCUGCCAACUGGGAGUGGAUGCACGUACUUGUAGGUUCUGCAUCUUCACUUUCUUCCUGACAAAUCUGAGGGUGAUCGAGGCGCUGGGGCAGGCCAUCUCCCAGACACCAGGCUGCACACUGUUGGAUGUGGAUGCUGGUGCCUCCACCAACCGUACUGUUUACACCUUUGUGGGAACCCCUGAAGCUGUUGUUGAAGGUGCACUGAGCGCAGCCCGCGUGGCUUGGGAACUCAUUGACAUGAGUCAGCACAAGGGUGAACAUCCUCGCAUGGGGGCCCUGGAUGUCUGCCCCUUUGUGCCAGUGAUGAACAUCAGCAUGGAAGAGUGUGUUGUUUGUGCCCACGUCUUUGGGCAGCGCUUAUCAGAGGAGCUGGGAGUGCCUGUGUACCUGUAUGGAGAGGCAGCCAGGCAGGAGAGCAGGAGAACCCUGCCUGCCAUCCGUGCUGGGGAAUACGAGGCGCUCCCCAAGAAGCUCGAAAAACCUGAGUGGGCUCCUGAUUUUGGGCCCCCAACCUUUGUUCCCCAGUGGGGGGCCACAGUGACGGGUGCCCGGACCUUCCUGAUUGCAUACAAUAUCAACCUGCUAUGCACCAAGGAGCUGGCACACCGCAUCGCCCUUAACAUCCGUGAGCAGGGUCGUGGUGCCGAUCAGCCUGGAAGCUUGAAGAAGGUGCAAGGCAUUGGUUGGUAUUUGGAGGAGGAGAACAUAGCCCAGGUUUCAACAAAUCUCCUGGACUUUGAGACCACACCGCUCCAUGCUGUCUAUGAGGAGGUCUGCUGUAAUGCAGAGGCACUGAAGCUCCCUGUGGUGGGAUCCCAGCUGGUGGGGCUCAUUCCCAAGAAAGCCAUGCUGGAUGCAGCUGAGUUUUACAUCAAGAAGGAAAAGCUCUUCAUACUGGAAGAGGGACACAAGAUCAAACUGGUUGUCAGCCGGCUCGGUCUGGACUCCCUGUCUCCAUUCAACCCCCAGGAGCGCAUCAUUGAGUACCUGGUGCAGGCAGGACAGGAGGACAAGGGGCUGGUUGCAAAGCCACUGGGUGCCUUCGUGCGAGCAGUCAGCGGGAGGUCAGCAGCGCCAGGAGGAGGAUCAGUGGCUGCAACUGCGGCCUCUCUGGGAGCAGCACUGGGCUGCAUGGUGGGGUUGAUGAGCUAUGGGAAGCGGCAGUUUGAGCAGCUGGAUCCCAUCAUGAGGAAGGUGAUCCCUCCCCUCCACCAGGCCAUGGAUGAGCUGGUUGCCAUGGUGGAUGCCGACUCCCGUGCCUUCAGCAGCUAUAUGGAAGCUAUGAAGCUGCCAAAAAGCACCUCUGAGGAGAGGGAAAGGCGAGCGGCUGCCAUGCAGCAGGGGCUGAAAACAGCAGUGGAAGUGCCCUGCACCCUGGCAGUGAAGGUGAACAACCUCUGGUCCUCACUGAAGAUGUUGGCGCACCAUGGCAACCUGGCCUGCAAAUCCGACCUUCAGGUGGGAGCCAAAAUGCUAGAAGCCGCUGUGUUUGGAGCCUAUUUUAAUGUCAUGAUCAAUCUCAAAGACAUAACAGAUGAGAAAUUCAAGACUGAGACAUUGCAGAUGGUCACCAGGCUGCUGGAGGAGGCAAAGCAAGGCUCAGCACUUGUGUUGGCACUGCUGGAAAAACGAGAAGCUUGAGAGGAUCUCAGAGCUGGGCCAGGGAAUACACCAGGGAUACACAAAUACAGAUAGGAAACAUGCUUGUUCCUGUCUGGGUUUUUUGGUACUCAUCUUGGGGAAGCUGCUUCUCUUGGGAGGUCCCAGGGUUAUGUUCCUGUUCUAGCCUUUUCAUGGCCAGGGAUGAUUUUCGUUGCCUGGUGCUUGGACCUUGCAUUUGUCCUCCCAUCCAUGGGGCAGAGGGAGCAGGCUGGGCUGGCGGUGUCAUGGGAAUCCUGUGGGUGGCAGUGGCUGGGACCCCAUCAUGCCUGGGUGAAGAUGGCUGGGCACCUAAUAGUCCUCAUGAUCCAGCUUGUCUCUCUGACCAGAAAACACCCUGAGACACUCUGUGAGACUGCAGCAAAGCUGGGCACUGGGGCCACAUACCUUUCUGUGCAGUGUCUUCUUGGCAGCGUGCAAAUGGGCCCACUGAAUCACUCAGUGCUAAGGGAGGGCAUGCUGCCAAGCACAGGGCAGCACCAGGCAGUCAGCAGGAGGAAGGAGGGUGUUACUGGGAGGUGAGCCCCCCGGAGAGAAAGAUCCAAGCAUGGGGAGGCCUAGUCUUUGUCAGUCCCGUGGUCAAGGCCGUUGCUGGGUCUGAAGGCAGACAUCACCUCCUCUGCGGAGCAGACUGAGCUCGACCUGCUCAGGGGGUGGAUGCUGGGGAGAGCCUACCAUCUCCGGCUCUGUUCCUCAGCAGUGACACAGGGGGUCAUCAGCAGUGCCCUGAGUCCACUGCCCUGCAGCAGGCCCAGGAGGACGUGACCCCCGUGCCUCCCCCACACACAGCACCCACACUGGGUGCAGCGCACCAGGGUUCAUGGCAGGGACGCCUGACUCACCCCAUCACCUGACACCACAUGAUUGACCAGCCCUGCAGGACCUUUGUUCUGUGUGGGAGAGGAGUGCUGAUGUUUACCCCGUGCCCAUGGUGACCACCACAGCACUGGGAGUGGUGCUACAGGUGCUCCGCAGUGUCACCCCUGCCCACUGCACCUUCCUCGCCCAGGCUGGGCUCUGUAUUUAACGGAUGCCCAAGGGCUGGGCCCACUGCUUUGGGAGAGCCGCGCCAAGGACGGCCAUCAGGACUGUGGUGCUCUUGGAAGGAACUGAUCUGUGGGUUUGGAGUUGGUAGAAGAUGUGGAACGCUAGCCAAGGCACACCGCCACCACCGCAGAUGCAAGUCUGCCCACCUGCACCUCCAAAUUGCCAGUACCCUGGGCCCAGCAACCCUUGCUACCCAGCAGUGACACCUGGCAUCCCUGGGACCUGUCCCCCAGGGCCCCCUCCACCUGGCCCUCACCCACCAGGUCACCACCACCAUGGGCACCACCCACCGGGCCACCACCACCAUGGCCACCACCACCAUGGGCAUCACCCACAUGGGCCACCAGGAUGCCCACCUGGGUGCCCACCAGGCCCCCAUGACUGCCAUCAGAAGCACAAGAAGAAGCACAAGAAGAAGCACUCCAAGUGUUCCCACAAGCACCAUGGAGGCAAGCACUCAGGCAGCUCAAGCAGCUCGAGCAGCUCUGAUUCUGACUGAAGAGAAUAUCUCCUACCUGUGUAGAGGUGAAGCCCUGAGGAGACAAUAUACGAAGACAAAUGCACCGCAAGAGCCACCUACUCGUUGUGCUGGCCCAUUCUCCCUUCUCUGCAGCCUGCAUUUUGCCCGUUGAUGAUUUUCUCGCUUUUUGUUUGUAAAUUCUUUGCCCUGGAAUUGUUGUAAAUAAAGGGGUAACAGCUCUG